AUGGUAAUAGUUGGAUUAGUCGACGAAACAGCUUCAGCCUAUAAACCUGGAUUAGUUGAAAAGAACAAAUACGAGCUCUGGGAAACAAAAAAACUUUUUAGACCUGAUAAUUUUAGUACUAAACCAGUAUUUAGCAUUGUUCUUCCUCCGCCGAAUGUUACCGGGAAACUUCAUUUAGGUCAUGCACUAUCCUGCACGAUUCAAGAUGUUAUCGUCAGAUAUAAAAGGUCAUUGGGUUACAAUGCUCUAUGGGUCCCUGGUACUGAUCAUGCUGGCAUAGCUACUCAGGGUGUAGUAGAAAAUUAUUUAAAAACCAAACAGAAUGUCUCCCGUCAUGUUAUUGGUCGGGAGCAAUUUAAUGCAGAAGUUUGGAAAUGGACAGAAAAACAUGGCAGCACCAUAUGCAAUCAAUUACGUACCUUGGGAUGUUCACUGGAUUGGUCUAGACAGAUCUUCACAAUGGAUCCAAAACACGCCCAUGCUGUAAAUACUGCUUUUAUUCAGUUGUUUGAGAGAGGCCUAAUAUAUCGUAAAAAAGCUCUGGUAAAUUGGUGCAAUGCCCUCAAGUCAACCGUAUCAGAUAUUGAAGUAGAAAAUUUACCAAUAAACAGGCCAACAGAUUUAAAGCUUCCCAAUUAUGAAAAGCCAGUGAAGUUUGGCUUAAUGUACGAUUUUGCAUACAAAAUAUAUGACAGUUCUGAGGAAAUUGUUGUGUCGACAACAAUGCCGGAAACAAUGCUGGGUGAUACGGCGAUUGCUGUACAUUCAAAUGAUUCAAGGUAUAAACACUUUCGUGGAAAGAGAGCAGUCCAUCCAUUCAGAAAUGACACAAUACCUAUAAUAUUUGAUGAUAUGGUUGACAUGGAACUAGGCACUGGUGCCGUCAAAAUAACUCCAGCACACAGUAAAAUCGAUUACGAAGUUGCAAAACGUCAUCGCCUACCAAUUAUUCAAGUAAUUAAUGAAGAAGGGACAAUGCAAACUGUUGAAAGUUUUGACAAAAUGAAACGUUAUAUUUGCAGAGAAAAGUUGCUACAAAAGUUGGAUGAAAUGGGACUUCUUAAAUCUGUUAAAGCCCACCAAAUGACCUUACCGGUUUGCAGUCGAACAGGAGAUGUCAUAGAACACCUACCUAAAGAGCAGUGGUUUUUAUCAUGCAGGAAAUUAAACAAAGCUGCGGCAAAUGCCGUCAGCACUGGUCAGUUGAAAAUCAACCCAGAAAAGUAUGUUAAAAAUUGGAAAAAUUGGACUGGAGAUGAAAGGGAUUGGUGUAUAUCCAGGCAGCUGUGGUGGGGUCAUCAGAUACCAGCAUAUAAAUGUAAUGUUGAUAAAGAUGUUAUAUGGAUUGCAGCAAUGGACGAAGUGUUGGCGAAAAUUCAAGCAUCUAAAUAUCUGAGAACUGCACCUGAAGAAAUUACAACCGAAAGAGACUCGGAUGUCCUUGAUACUUGGUUUUCAUCUGGAAUUUAUCCAUUCGCAGCAUUAGGUUGGCCAGAACAUCAUGACAGUGUGGAUUAUAAAGAUUUUUAUCCACUCGAUCUACUAGUGACUGGACAUGACAUUUUAGGCUUCUGGGUGCAUAGAAUGGUAAUGUUAGGCCUUGAAUUAACUGGAAAAUUGCCUUUUGAUAAUGUCUUGUUACAUGGUGUGAUAUGUGACAGUAAAGGUGUGAAGAUGUCUAAAAGCAGAGGAAAUGUCAUAGAUCCUAUUGACGUUAUAAAUGGAAUUUCUUUGGAAAACUUAAAGGAAAAAGCAGUAGAGAUGCAGAAAGAUGGAAUACUUAAACCAGAGGAAUUGAAAAGAGCUCUUGCUUAUUACAAGACGAAUUAUUCAAGUACAAAUGGUAUUCCAGAAUGUGGAGUAGAUGCUCUGAGAUUUACUUUAUUAUCUCAAGAUAUUAAGUCUCAUUUCGUUAACUUUGAUGUGCACCAAUGUCACGCUAACAAAUUAUUCUGUAAUAAAAUUUGGCAAAGUAUUAAAUAUAUGCAGCUAUCUUUUGACAAAUUAAAAGAAAUAAAUGUUGAAAUAACUCAUAAUGAUUUGACUUAUUUUGAUAAGUGGAUAUUAAGUAGACUGGCUGAUAUGGUGGAGAAAGUUAAUAAAGCAAUGAAUGAAUACGAUUUCCAUUUAGCAACUAAAGCAAUAAAAACACUUAUUUAUAAUGAAUUUUGUGACAUUUAUCUCGAAGCGACUAAGCCUGGAUUUGACAAUGAUGAUGAUGAGAAAAUUGGAUAUGCACAUGCACAUACACUUUCAGUAGUUUUGAAUUCUUCAUUGCGAUGUCUCGCGCCAAUAAUGAUUUAUAUCACUCAUGAACUGAUACCAAAGAUCCCAGCUUUUGAAAGCAAUAUUAUUCACAAUUUUUAUGAUGAAAAUAAAAAUCAUUACGAUUUUCCUAAAACGCAAGAUUUUGAAAUAUGGAAAAACAAAUACCUAGAAAACCAAGUUGAUAGACUAUUGAGUGUCGUAAGUCUAGUGAGAGAAUUAAAAGGAAUGUAUAAUAUUUCAAACAAAGUUCGGUCGUCAAUAUGUAUUAAAACAAACGACGAUGUUCUAAUGUUAGAUAUAGAUAAUAACGCAAAUAUUGUUUUGCAUCUAACAAGAUGCAGUGACAUCAAAAUAAAUCUAGAAUCUAAUAAGAAUACUGUGUCGGCUCUGCUUGAUAAAGGUACACAAGUGAGUUUAGAAAUCGAAGGAGAUAAUGCAGUCACUGUAAUAUCAGCCGCGAAAGAAAAAUUGAGGAAUAGAGUGAAAAAACUAGAGGAAAAUUUGGCUAAAUUAGAAGCAAAAUUUUCAAGUCAUCACUAUGUCACUUCCGUACCAGAACACACAAAGGCAUUAGAUAGAGAAAGACUAUUGGUGAAGAGAGAAGAGUUAAAGCAUUUACAAAGAUUGAUUUAG